AUGUUCCUCACGUUCAUCUUUCGAUUAAUCGCAGGCGCUGCGUUUGCAGCACUUUCUGUUGUCGUCGUCUUUCCCGAGACUGCACGUCCCGGUUCACUUCGCUGGCUUUCUCCCUGGAACGCGAGAUUUGACUAUGUUGUGGUCGGCGGAGGCACUGCAGGUAUCACGGUCGGCGCACGGCUUGCUCAGAAUGGGUUCAAAGUCGCCAUCGUUGAAGCAGGCGGCUAUUAUGAAAACACUCAUCCCAUUUCGAAAGUGCCCGGCUCGGCUGUUCUAGGUGUUGGGGCUGAUGUGAAAACUGCAUCAGCCAUAGAUUGGAGAUUUGUGGCAGACAAAGUGCCGGGUGCUGCUUAUCGUGACAUUCAUUAUCCUCGGGGAAAUGCAUGGGCGGAUCUGAACUUCAUGAUUUACCAACGACCCUCCAAGGGCGCGAUGGAGAGGUGGGCAGAUCUCCUUCAGGAUUCCAGCUACUCAUGGGCGAGUACCCUUCCCUUUUUCAAAAAGACAACUACCUUCACGUCUCCCAGAAGUCACCUUCACGCCAACAGAGGUGCUUUCAACAAUUCUGCCUUUGACAUCGUGGGUGAACCCCUUCAAGUAUCUUACCCACGCUAUGCGAUGCCCUUUUCAUCUACUGCUGGCAAUGGCUUCACUGCGAUCGGAAUAAGUGAGACAGAGGACUUCAACAGCGGAUUUCUCAUGGGCCACCAAUACUGUUCAAUGACCAUUCGUCCUUGGGAUCAAUCACGGAGCAGUUCAGAAUCGGCAUUUCUUCGUCCGGCACACGCGUUGGCGAAUUUGACUAUCUACGAUCGGUCUUUGGUAAAGAAGAUUCUUUUCAAUGAGCACAAGCGAGCAACUGGUAUCAGAGUGAAGCAGAGAUGGGGCUUCUGGAACUACGACAUCACCAUCAGAGCGAUGAGGGAAGUGAUCGUCUCUGCUGGGGCUAUUCAAUCUCCGCAGCUUCUGAUGGUCUCAGGACUUGGACCAGCUGAGACCUUGCGAGAUCACUCGAUCCGGCCCAUUGUCAAUUUACCUGGAGUUGGACAGAAUAUGUGGGAUCACGUUUUCUUUGGACCAUCAUAUCAGGUCAAUGUGGACACAUUCACCGAACUGACACAAAAUCCUCUAUAUGUUGCAAAGCAAAUUGCAAACUAUUUGGUCUUUCGAAAUGGCCUGUUCACAAAUCCGUCGACCGACUACAUUGCUUUCGAGAACCUCCCAGCCGUGUCGCGGACAGAAUUCUCACCCGAUAAUGAGAAGGAUCUCUCCUGGUUCCCCGACGAUUGGCCGGAAUAUCUUGUCGCAUCGGCAUAUGUUGGGAACUUUUCCGAUCCAUUCAGACAACAACCCUCUCAAGGACAAUAUGGCAGCAUCGUUGCCAGUCUUGUGGCAUCCACAUCACGCGGGAAUAUCACUAUCAGCUCUUCCAAUACAGAGGACCCGCCGAUCAUCAAUCCGAACUGGCUCGCCACAGAGACAGAUCAGAAAGUGGCUGUGGCAGCCUACAAGCGAAUACGCGCCGCAUUCUACUCCGAUGCAAUGAAGUCGAUUUUGGUAGGGCCCGAAUUUUUCCCUGGAUUGAAGUAUCAUACGGAUGCCGACAUCUUAAAUGUGAUCAGAAACACCGUGAUGACUAUCUAUCAUGCCGCUUGCACUUGUAAAAUGGGCCCAAGGAACGACAUGAUGGCUGUGGUUGAUCACAAGGCGCGGGUAUAUGGUGUUCAUGGCCUGCGGGUAGUUGACGCCAGCGCAUUCCCCAUACUACCUCCAGGUCACCCUCAAUCAACAGUCUAUAUGUUAGCUGAAAAGAUCGCUGCGGAUGUCAUACAUGAGGCCGAAGGUUCGCCUCAGUGA